GCAGCAUACUGCAUCGAGCUUUUCUGGACAGAUGCGAUUAUGAAAAUGUGCUCGUAUCUGCGCAACAUUUUAUUAUUAGUUUUAUUGAAUGAAAUUCACCUGCACACGGCUCAUGGACAAUUAAGUGAUGAUUAUACCGGACAUUCCAACGCUGACUCUGAUGAAAAUGCCUUUGAUCCACAUAAUUUACUGAAAUAUUAUGCAACCUCUCAGACGACAAAAGAAGAAGAGGUUUACGUUUUUCCGCCACUUUCGCGCCUGGAUCCCGGCGAUGUAGGAACGAUCGUAUCUGUUGAACUUAGUCCCGGUCGUUGGUUUGAUCGAAUUACUCGUGCAGUUAAACCACCGAUCUUUGAAAUACCAGAUUUUCUAAGUGACGAAGAGUGUGACCAUAUCAUAAAUUCAGCUGCAAGAAACGGACUGGGUACCAGUCAAAUAUAUGGAGAGGAUAAUGAACCAGACCCAAAUACACAGGACAUAUUUCGAGUAAGCCAACAAACAUGGUUGAACAGAAAUAAUCUCGGUGGAAUGUUUCUUGACAAUCUACAAAAUAAAUUAUCAACACUUCUGAAUCUAUCAAAGGAAAUCAUAAAAGGCAGCGAAUCGAUGCAGGUCGUGAAUUACCUCCCGAACGGUCACUACCACGCCCAUUUAGAUUCGACGAGAAACACCGGGAACAAGCCCUGUUGUUUUCAGUCUUCCUGUCCGACACCACCGGGACCAGAAUGCUGUAGAAUCUGUCGCUAUGCUACUGUUCUUUAUUUCUUGAACAAUGUUGACGGAGGCGGUGAGACAGCCUUCCCCUUGGCAGACGCCGAUGAAAACACUAUGACGCGAUUUUUGGAGGGGGGAAAUCUUGCACAUCAAUGGCGGAAUUUGAGUAAUUUCUGUCACAACUCAAGCGUUGUCAUUGGUCCAAAACGAGGCACGGCGAUAAUGUGGUACAGCCAUUUAAUGGAAGCGGAAACGAAUUACCUCGGGGAGAUUGAUGACUACUCAUACCAUGGCGGAUGUGACGUCACUAAAGGAACAAAAUGGAUUGCUAAUAACUGGAUAAAUGCAGCAACGUACAAUGAACGAUUUGUUAAAAGCAUUUGGGUAGACUAAAAUGUAAAUUCAUAAUAUGUUUCGAUCUUAACUGUAAAAUAUAUAGUCAUUGUGAGUUAGCUUAGUUUAGUUUAAUCAUAUUGUAUUGUUCUUUUUUGUAAACAGUACAAAUCAAAUACAAUUUACACAUACACAUACAAUCAAAUCAAACAAAAAGAACAAAUUGGUCGUGCUACAAAUAUUAUAACAUUCAAUAUAGUUUCAGCCCUUCCUAGACGUCAUUGUCGUUUAAAUCUAUGAUUAAACAUAGUUUGAAAAUGGAGAAAAUGUUAAAUUAUUGAAUUUAGGAAAAAAAGAGGAUUGGUUGCCUUUAAAAAGAGUAGUAAAGUAAAAACAUACAUUGUAAUAACAUCCCAGAGUUUGUUUAAAAGUUAAAACAUACAUCGUACACACUAACGGAAUAAUGAACGGUGGCAUAGAGGUAGCAUACGUGUUAUUUUAUUAUCUCGUUAAACGACUUGCGUAUCUCGUUUAAACAGCUUAGUAAGUCAUUAAAAUGAAUUAGUAACUCGUUUAAACGACUUAUGUAUCUCGUUUAAAACGGCUUAGUAAAUCAUGAAAAUAAAUUAGUAACUCGUUUAAACGACUUGCGUAUCUCGUUUAAACAGCUUACUAAGUCAAGAAAAUGAAUUAGUAACUCGUUUAAACGACUUGAGUAUCUCGUUUAAACAGCUUAGUAAAU